CUAAUACUCGCGCCUCCUCAACGCGACCGUCGUUGAAACUCGAUCAGCGAAAACAUCCCCCUAGCAUCUAAAAAACAUAUCAAGUCACCGCGCCCUUUAUCAAGACAGAUAUAAUAAACUAGCGAUCAUUGCUAAUGCUACACGGUUACCCUCCUUCGGGCCAGCAGCAAGCAACAAACCCCACAGACUAUUCCUGCAAUGCGUCUCCGCGACGACCCACUGCCGCCUCAACCUUCCACAUCUCAAGCACCUGCACAGCCAGCCGCCCCAGCUCCAGCAACCCGUUCUCGCAAACGUAAAUCUCCCCCAACAACAACAGCCCAGCCGCCAGCACCACCACCACCACCACAGCAGCUCCAGCAGCCUCCGCCUGGCAUAUUCCUCCCUCCAAUGUUGCCACCCCCACAUGGACAUCACCCAUCAUCCAUGCCCAUUUAUUUCUCUGGCCCUCCGGGGCCUGAGUUCGGUGGGCCUCCACCCCACCCGCCUCCGGGUGACCAACCUUCCCCGCAGAUUGAGGGUCAGCCUGGUGGUCCUGAUGACUCAAAGGCAAAUGGUCGUCCAUUGAGCCAGACCAAGAGGGCCGAGCAAAAUAGAAAGGCGCAGAGAGCGUUCAGGGAACGUAGAGAUCAGCACGUCAAAGCCCUCGAGUCGCGCUCUCAACUAUUGGAUGCAGCACUUGCGUCCGCAGAUGAGGCGAAUCGUCGGUGGGAAGAGUGUCGAGCGCUUAAUGACAGGCUCCGUGACGACAUCACACAUCUCCGCGAGGAAAACACGCACCUCCGUCAACAGCUCGACGAGGUGUACUCCCAGAUUCCACAGGGUUUACUCUCACAUCUCAUGCCCUCCCAGUCCCAGCAGCAGCAGCCAGCAACGCAAGCACAGCCUCAGCCAGCAACAACUGAGGCAGAGAAGAAGGAUGACACUGCCUCCAAAGAACAGCAAUAGGUUGCGGAGGCGCAGUGUACCGUAGACGUCCAAUUUUUACUUUGCUUCACCAAUCUUCCUUCUACACGUGUGCUUGCGGUGGGCAGUAGUUUAUUCCACCUAGUUUGUACGUACCCGCGCCUGUGCCGUUUAUGACUGUCUCCGAAAUCGAAUUUGUGUUCCUUGAUACCACUGGGGUUUGUUUUAGCUCGUCGCACUCUGGCUCCAUUGUCGACGUCGUUGAGAGGAGAUGGUGGGUGGGAUGAAAACGUCGCUGGAAUUGCUGACAAGUACAUUGUGAUAGGAACUUUUUA